AUGAAGACAAUUGUUUGUUUCUUAACUAUUCUAAUCUUAGUUUCAUCAUGUGAAUCGAAGAACAAGAAAGUGGUGAUAAUACCGGGCCCAAAAGGAGAGCGUCCUGAUAUUAAGGUGGUAGAAGGCCCAUCAACAGUUGAAGAUGACUUUUGUUACGAUUGUGUACGUCGUUGUAUGGUAAAGGGUGUCGGUUUCUAUUUUCGUAGUUGUAAAGGCUUUGUCUGUCGUUGUUAUUAUCCAUUCAUGGGUGGCUACGGACCGUAGUUACAAAAACUUUGUCAUUGUUAUACACCUAUAGUUUGGUGAUGAUUAUUGAUCAUCAUUUCUAUAAUUA